CGGUAAAUGUCCUUUGUAUACAAACACAAUUUGUUGAAGCAACUUUCGGUUUUGUUUGGGAAUUCUUUGAAAAUUGUUUACAUUUUCGACGCUAAAUUUGGAAAAUCUGCUUUGUGGAUGAAUCGACAGCUCUUCAAAGCCCGGAUUUUGCCUGAGGAACUUUGGAUACAUAAAACGUCCUCAACGUGAUGUGUAAAAUUGCUGAUUAAUGGUGCAUGAACAGCACUCGGACAUCGUCAAACGCUAGUUUUUUUUCAGCAUAACUAGUCAAUUUGAGGAUUUAUUAAGCCCAUAUUUACAGAGGGCUUGUGUUAAUAUUUCAAACUGUAUAUUUCUAUCGGCAAUCGCGCGUUUUUCCAUGGCAAACAAGGUCGAUGCAAAGGUUGUGUUACUUGGCAAAGAAUACAGUGGUAAAACUUGUCUCGUUGAGAGAUACCUUCAUGACAGAUUUAAUAAGGAUAUUCCUUAUCAAAAUACGAUAGGUGCAGCUUUUGGGGCAAAAAGAGAAGUAAUCAACGACCAAACACUCAUAUUAGGAAUUUGGGAUACAGCAGGAUCAGAACGGUAUGAAGCGAUGAGCCGGAUUUACUAUAGAGGAGCCAUGGCUGCAAUAAUUUGUUACGAUCUUACGGAUGGAAGUAGCUUCAGUAAAGUGAAGUUCUGGGUUAACGAACUGCACACACAUGAGGAGAACUGUGAAAUAUUUUUAUGUGGAACAAAAUUAGAUUUAGUUAAAAAAGACAAAAAGGCGAGGCAGGUUGAUUAUCAUACCACAACAGAUUAUGCAGAUGAAAUCCACGCGAAAGUUUUCGAAACUUCUAGUUUAAACGGUGAAAAUGUUGCCGAACUAUUUUAUGCUGUCGCGAAGGCGUGUUUGGAAAAACCAGUCGAAAACAAACCGAAAGAAACUCCCAAGCUUACUUUGCAAGAAGAAAAGAAACAUAAAGUAUGCCCUUGUCGUUGAUGGCCUUUGGCCUUGAUUUGGGAUUGAUUACUUGGAACUAUUUCCUGGUUGAAAAUUAAACUAUUGCCGUAUAUUGGACAAGUUAGAAAUGCGAUAGAUAGGUCUUUCAUGCGAUAGCUGUUUAAAGCAGUCUAAAUUCAGCAGUUAAUGUAACUAGAAGCUACUUUCGUUUAAAUCAAGCAUAUAAAUUUUGUAUUUAAACAUAUUA